AAGAAUAUUAUAAAUAAACAAAAUCAGGGGUUCAAAACUUAAAACACACAAAGUUGAGGGGGCAAUCUUGCCACAUAUCAGAAACUAAAUGCCACCGUGGCAUUUUAGCGGGAAUAGAGCCAAACGGAUACCCUCACCUAGUCACCUUCAAUAAUCGCCACCCAACAACUCUUGCAGAUCUGAGAGUUAUUUCACACACACUACUACACCAUCGUAUUCACGCACUACAAUGCCUAAACUCUCACCGUCACCGGCGUCGCCACCACCACCUCCGCCGCCGCCGCAAAACCCACUUCGACGGAACCCCUUAAUCAGACUCUUCUUCCUCUCAAUCAUCUGUUCAAUUUCUUACAUUAUCGGAUCAUACAAAUCCGCCAUUAACACCUCAACGAACCUUCAAGAAAACUGCUCCGAUCUCACCACCAUUUCCACCAACUUAUCCCACCAAAACACUCCGCCCCCGCUUGAUUUUGAGCCCCACAACCACCUCCCUAUGCCCCCAUUAAACCCACCACAAAAGUUCAAGAUUUGCCCUGCAAAUUUCACCCAUUACUGCCCCUGUCAAGACCCGCUUCGUGAAGGGCGAUAUAAAGUUGAGAAAAUGUUGCACAGAGAACGGCACUGCCCUGCCACCGCCGGAGAGAUUCUCCGGUGUCUGGUACCCACGCCGGUGGGGUACAAGAAGCCAUUUCCAUGGCCUAAGAGCAGAGCUGAAGCUUGGUUCAGUAAUGUGCCAUUUAAGAGGCUGACUGAGUCCAAGAAACAGCAGAAUUGGGUUCGAUUGGCCGGCAAUCGGCUGGUUUUUCCCGGCGGUGGAACUUCUUUCCAGAAAGGGGUUAAGGGUUACAUCGACUUAUUGAAGAAGAUGGUGCCAUUGCAAUCUGGGCUUAUUAGGACAGCUCUUGAUACUGGGUGUGGGGUUGCAAGCUUUGGAGACUCUCUAAUGGAUUAUAACAUCUUGACAAUGUCUAUAGCUCCAAGGGAUGUACAUGAAGCUCAGGUACAAUUUGCCUUAGAAAGAGGUCUCCCUGCCAUGCUUGGUGUUCUUGGCACCUACAGGCUGCCAUACCCAUCAAGAUCAUUCGAUAUGGCUCAUUGCUCACGGUGCCUUGUCCCAUGGACUGAAUUCGAUGGGUUGUACCUAAUGGAAAUUGACCGGCUUUUGCGGCCUGGUGGUUAUUGGGUGUUGUCGGGACCACCGAUCAAUUGGAAAGUCAACUACAUGGCCUCCGAUGGAACCACCAAGGAUCCUAAGAAAGAGCUGCGCCGUUUGGAGGAUCUUGCUAGGCGACUGUGUUGGAAAAAGAUUAGUGGGAAAGGGCCGAUUGCAGUGUGGCAAAAACCUAAUAAUCAUCUUCACUGCAUUCAAACGAGGAAAGAUUCUAAAUCUCCCAAGUUUUGUGGCGUGGAUGACGAUCCUGAUGAUGGUUGGUACAGAAAGAUGGAUUCGUGCAUUACUCGUCUGCCUAAAGUAGAUCAUAUGCAGAAUAUAUCUGGGGGUGUUCUUGAGAACUGGCCUAAAAGGUUGAAUUCUAUUCCACCCAGAAUGGGGUCCACUGAAACCAAAGCAAACGAUGCCAUAAUAUCUCACUCAAAAGCAGGAUUUGGGUUAGGAAAGAAAGAUUUUCUUGAUGAUAACCUGUUAUGGAAAAAGAGAGUUUCUGGGUAUGUGAGUGUGGUCAAGUCGCUGGCGACUGGUGGGUAUAGAAAUAUCAUGGAUAUGAAUGCUGGGCUAGGUGGGUUUGCAGCUUCGCUUUCUGAGUAUCCAGUUUGGAUUAUGAAUGUUGUUCCUCAUGAUGCAAACCAUAGAACACUUGGUGUCAUCUAUGAACGUGGCCUAAUUGGAACUUACAUGGAUUGGUGCGAACCAUUCUCAACAUAUCCUAGAUCAUAUGACUUGAUACAUGCAGACAACGUGUUUAGCUUGUACAAGAAUAAGUGCGACAUUAUGGACAUAUUCAUUGAGAUGUACCGGAUCCUUCGGCCUAAGGGGACAAUCAUCAUAGCAGACCAUGUAGAUAUUGUUGUGAAGGUGAAGAGCCAUAUAGAUCAAAUGGCGUGGCACAGUAAACUAUCAGACACUGAAGCUGGCCCUUUCGGCCCUAGGAAGGUUCUUUUUGUUGACAUAUGAGGGCAUCAAGAAAGAUUAUGUAAAAUCACAUAUAAGUUUAGAGUUUGAAAAAUAACAUAUUUAUUACCUGAAACUUAUGAGAAUGUAAUAUGCAUGUAAAUGUCUUUGCAAAUAAAUAUAUAACCGAGGUCUCUA